AUGAAAAAUGGUGGAAUUACCUUGGAAGACCUGGAGGCAACCCUCGGAAUUAAUGCCACGUUGAUUUCAAGAAUUCUGAAGGAAAAGCUGGGCUACAGCAAAAAAAAAUCUACAGGAAGGUCGCAUCAUCUUUUGAGUAGAGAGCAAAACUCUGCCACGCCGCCUUCAGCACAGCUGCCACAUUGGCCGCUAUAUACGUUGGCGGCUGUUGAUGAAACAGCCGCCAUCACAGUCGGGAGAAUUUUGCAGAACAUUCAAAAAAAUCGGGCUCCCGCCGAGAAGAAGACGGCCAAGGUCGAAAGUGCGGAAAUCAUGAGCGAGUUCCUUUUGCUGCUGGUGCUUUGCGGGGUCCUGAUCGUUGCAAUCUGGUGCAUCAGCUGCAUCAUCGGCCACUUGAAGGCGGUUCAAGACAGACGGACUCUGCUUGCUCGCAAUCCUCGAGACAUUGAAGCAUCCAUCCCUAUGGGCCCUCAUAUAAGGAAUUUGAGUCAACGCAUUCAUUCCUGCCACGACGAACGACAACGGUGGGAGACUUUGAGCGCCUUUGCAGCGGCGGCGGGCUGUUCAGAGCGUGAGUUGCUCACCUACAUUCUAGAGUCGGCGGCGGCGCGGAAUUCCACGCAAACUGGCGCCGGCGGCGGCGGCGGCCCUAACCUCGCCGACCCGCACCCGGCGGCAGCAACGCCAUCGAGUCAUCCCACGCGACGCUGGGGGGACGCCACCGAGAUUUGUCAGUCCCUGUUGUCUAACCUGAGGCUCAUCAUGCCCGCCGCCGUGCAGGAUAUUUGCAUGUGA